CUUUCAGUAUUCUCCUUCCAAAGAAACUAGGGUUUAACAGAGCAGACAUCAAUUUGUUGUUGGCGAUAUGGCUGGGGGAUUUAGUAACCUCGGAGCAAAGACAAAGAAUCUAGUUGUUGCAGGUGGAUUGACAAGCUUUGUGUUGGGAGUUUAUUUUUACACAAUGAGAGCUGUUGGAGGUACUGAUGAACUUCAGGUAGCCAUUGAUAAAUUUGAACAGCAAAAACAUAAGAAUGAUGAGGGUGCUGAUGAAGAAAGCUUGGCAACUAAGGCAUGAGUCAUGAUAUUUGUAUAUACAUGUUAAUGAAACUAAUCUCUACGGAUGAUAUGAUACUCUCAAGACUGACAUUUUGACUUUUUUUUAUUUGUGUUGUUGUUUUGUGUUAAAAUCAUUAAUAAUAAAAUGCAAUUACUUCCAUUAUCCA